CCCAACAUGGACCAGUGGGGACUGAGAGCAUGAUGUCGGCUCAGGAGCUAGUGGCCUGCCUCUGCCAGGAGGGGGACAAGCACCUGGCCCUGGGGGAGCUGCCCUUAGCCACAGCCUUCUACCUGGCUGCCUUCAGCUGCCAUGCCCCUUCAGCCAUGCGGCACACGCGGGCUGUCCUGGCUGAGGCCCCAGGGGCACCUGUGGUGGCCACACUGGAGGCCUGGUGUCGUGGGGACAGUCAGAUCCCUGACAUCCACUGGGACGGCAUGGCAGUGGUCUCCCUGACUGGGCCACUGGCCUCUGCCUUCCUCGGUGCCAUUUACCCCAACCACCCUGCCACGGUCCUGUACCUUUUAGCUGGCCUGCUGGCUCACGGGCGCCACGCGGAAGUGGUACAGCGCUGCAAUGCCCUGUUGGAUGCACACUCGCAGCAGACCCUGGAGCUGCAGCUGACCCGUGCCCUGGCCUGGGUCCUGUCUGUGGAGCAGGCCAGUGAGGGCAUAGCUGCCUAUCUUCAGACCUUUGCCUCCAGUGCAGACCGGACAGUGGCCUUCAUCCGUAGCCAUCAGCAGCCCUACCUCCCCACACUACUUGGCACCCUCCAGAAGUACCUCUCAGGACAGCUGAAGGCCACAGGGAGCACUGGCCCACAGGAGACCAACUGCCGGGGACUCCUGGAGGCCCUGGACCCCAGGGGCAGCUGGGUGGGUGCUAUGUCACCUAAAGCUCUGCUUCAUAGAGGCAGAUUUGAAGACUGCCUGGCCGCGUGCAGCCGGGACCUUCAGCAUGACUCAACAGGGAGCAGACCCCAAGGUGAGCAUCUGGCGGCCCUGCUGGUCACCCGCGCAGCCGCAGCCUUCUUCCUGGAUGGCCGAGCCGGGGACGCGCUGCAGGACCUACAGGAUGCCUUCCGUGAGAGUCCCGCCGGGGCACGGAGGCACUUCCAGGCCCUGCUGUCCGCCGAGGACCGCGAACGCCUGCAAGCUCAGGCGCAGGAGGUGGCGGACGUGGGCUUCGCCCGCUUCCUGGAGGCUGUGCGAAGCCGCCCGGAGCUGCGAGAGGACGCGGACCGCGAGCUCUUGGUUCCCGUGACCCACGCGCUACACGUCCUGUUCCGCGUGGCGCCCGCCCGAAGGCGACCCGCGCUAGGGAUCCGCCUGGCCGAGUGCCUGCUGCUGUCCGGGGACGUAGCGGGGGCUCGCACGCAGUGUGAGCGCCUCCUGAGGCCCAGGCGUUCCGGGGAGUGCGUGGGAGACCGCACCGGAGACCUCGCGCCGCUGCUGGCACUGCGCGGCUUCUGCGCGCUGCACGCGGGCGAUGCGCGGCAGGCGCGUGAUGAUUUCCAGGAGGUGGUGGAGCGCGGGGCGCCGCAUGCGGGAGGCUGCGUGCGCGCACUGUGCGGCCGAGGGCUGCUGCGGGUGCUGGAGGGCAGCGCCUUCUUGGGCGCGCUGGACUAUGUCACCGCCUGCCGGCUGCGGCCGGAGGAGGCGCUGUUAGUCGCCAAAGCCUACGUGCCCUGGAACCAGCGAGGGCUGCUGCUGACAGUGCUGCGAGAGGAGGGUCGCAGGAUGCUGCUGCGCUCGCCAGGCUGCGUGAGGAAAGCUGCGCAGGGGUCCGGCCCCGCCUCACAGGCGCAGGAAGGGGAUGCCUGUGGGGUGUACCAGCUGGCCAUGCUGCUAAUGGAGCUGGAUGCGGAGGAUGAGACUUCCUGCCUCUUGGUGGCUGAUGCCCUGUACCUCUUGGGCCGCCUGGAUGAUGCUCACAAAUCCCUGCUGGUUGCCUUGUCCCGGAAGCCCCAGGCAGCCCCUGUGCUGGUGCGGCUGGCCCUGCUUCAGCUGAGGAGGGGCUUCUGCUAUGAUGCCAACCAGCUCGUGAAGAAGGUGGCCCAGUCUGGAGACACGGCCUGUCUCCAGCACACCCUGGACGUCUUCCACCAUGAAGACCUGCAGUUACUGCAAAGCCACUGCCACACACGGGCGUUGAGCAUCCUGCGGGCAAGGCCAGGUGGGCCCGACAGCGAGGCCCACACCAGGGAAGCCAUCGCCUACCUCUCUCUGGCCAUCUUUGCUGCAGGGAGUCAGGCCAGUGAGUCCCUCCUCACCCGAGCCCGCUGUUACGGGCUCCUGGGUCAGAAGAAGACUGCCAUGUUUGACUUCAACUGCUUGCUUCGGGAGGAACCAAGGAACGUGCAAGCUCUGUGUGGGCGAGCCUUCGUGCAUCUGGCCCUGGACCAGCUUCAGGAAGCUAUGGAUGACAUGGUUUCUGCCCUGAAGCUCGACCCAGCCACUGUGAUCUCUGAGAUCCACUCCCUGAAGCCAGAAGUUCAGUUGCCCCUCACCCAGAGCCUCCAUACCCGCUGCCAGGCCCUCCGAAACCAGUGGCUGGAUGCUGGAGGCCCCCUCAGAGGGGAGGACACCCAGAGCCUCCUUGCGAUCGGGGAGGCACUGAUUAGACUCGAUGCUGCACAGCCCAGCUGGCACCUGCUUCUCACAGACAUCUUCACAAGCCUGGGCAAGUAUCAGGAGGCUGGCACCCACUUGCAAGAAGCCCUCCACCUCACCCCAUCAUCAGAGGCUGCCCAAGCCCGGCGAGGCCUGCUCCAGCUUAAAAGGGGAGAUGCGUCAACUGCUGCCCACGACUUGCAGUGCCUGGCAGAGAUAGACACUCAGGACCUUAGCUUCCUGCUGCGUCUCCUUGAACCCCCAGAGCAGCAGAGUCUCACCCAGGCCGCUGCCAAGGAAGCAAGCAACCUCUUGGAUUUAGGACAGCCCGGGCGGGCACUGGGCUACUGUUCUUUGGCAGUCCUGGCUGGUGGCAGCAGUCCUUAUCACCUGCGUCUCCGAAUGGCCUGCUUGACCCAGCUGCAGGAAUAUGACCGGGCACUCAGGGACCUGGACCAUGUGCUGCAGGAGAGUACAGGGAACAGUGACCUCCUAAGGCGGACAGAAGAUUUCUGCUCCCGGGGUCGCCUGCUACUGAGUCUGGGAGAUAAGGAUGGAGCUGCAGGGGCCUUCACCCAGGCCUUAGCCCUGUCACCAACUCAAGCUCAAAGCAGCCUGUCAGAGCAACCAGGCCGGGCCCCCACAGCCAGUGUGUUCCUGAUCCAUGGGCAGCGCUGUCUAGAGGAGCAGCGCUAUGAGGAAGCCUGGACAGCGGCCCAGAAUGGCCUCCUGGUGGACCCCAGCCACAGGGGGCUGAAGAGGCUGAAGGUGAGGACUCGCAAGGAGGGGUCCUCUGGCUGCAGACUACACUGACCAGUAGCUAACCCACCUGACUCCUCCACCAGCCCCUAACUUCUCAUCUAGGGUGCAUCUGACUCCCCAGAUCCAAGAGCUGCUGUCUCCACUGGCCACCUGUCUCUGUCCUUUGCUAUGGGACUAGAGGAGAUAGACAAUUCCUGCUUCUGCAGAACAGCUGUGCUGGGUGGCUCACAGCCCCACUGAAGUGGACAAACUUGGCGCUCUGCUCACGCCUGGCCUUGGAGCAGCCAAAGGCAAGAUCAGGGCUGGCACCUGACAGUCUUGGGGGAGAUGUGCUUGUCCCAGAGAGCCCUCCCUGAGAAGAAAACUGCUUAGACUGGGCCUGGACUGCCUCCUGCAUCAACUUUCCCCAAAGUCCAGACUCCUAGAUGCAUUUGUGGAACUGGCUUGCAAGGGCGUUCACCAGGGAACUCCAUGCCAAUGCCAUCCAGCACAGCCCAGGCAGCCCCUUUCCUCCACCGGCCCUCUUAAGGUUGAGAGACCCCAGGUUUCCACUUGGCCUUGGCCUGUCCAAGUUGUCAGCAUGUGAUUGGGUCCUUCUGAGCUGUGACAGCAAUUUCCUUAUGUGGGCAAACUUCCCAUCCAGUCUUGCUCCCUGUCAUGGGACUCCAGCCAAUCACCGUCACUACCUCCAUCACCAAAGCUGUCAUUACAAUGGACAGGGCUGCUUGGCACUAAGUGGCACAAAGCCCGUCCCGGGUUCUCCUGUGAGGGUGAGGGCAGUGUGUCUGAAUUCUGAGCACUUCCCUUUGCCAUGGGCCGCGCUCUCUGCCCCAUCCUCCUGCGAUCUUUAGCCCCAUAGAAACCCGCUGCCUCACCUCCUAGACAGACCAUCUCCCGGGCUCAGACACACAUGGUUGCUGAUCCUGCCCAUCCCCAGGCAUCGAUGAAGUAACUGGGUGGGGUCAGCAGCCCCCUUCCUACGAAGGCCUCACUUGCCUUGUCAUCCCUCUGUGGUGUGAAAGCCCUCCUCCUGGCUGCUAUAGUACCUGAGACCUGCCAAGCUCUGCCUGGAUGCCACAGAGAACUAGGAAGAGCAGGGAGCCUAGAAAGGAUUCUGUGAGGCACAGCCUGGUUCCUGCCUUCCUUCCCCACCACAACCUCCAGGAUAGCCUGAUGCGCCUCUCCCCAGGUUGCCCCUUCACCCACCACAUGUCCAUCUCUCCACCUGUGCGUUCCUUGGCACUGCAGACACUUGCCAACACCCAGCAGGACCAAGGUCAAGGCCACGGAAUCCUGGUGGCUUAAGGUUGGUCAGCGUGGAGGUGGCAGGCAGGUGUCACCUGGACAUCUGUGCCUUUUAUUCCUGUGCCUUUUAUUCCUGCUGUCCUUCAGCCUGAGGUGUCUUGUCACGUUCAUCUACUCAAGGACACCUCAGUCCUUGUCAUUCUAAGCAUGAAGGCACUGGAAUCUGGCAAUACUCUUCCCAGGCCUCUCCUUCUCCAGCCACAAGGGGGCGUCACCCGGCACCUCAUGGUUCAUCUCACAGAGUCUUAGUGCGCGAGUGUGCACAUGCACACAAACACACACACACCACUGCUUAUCUGGCACCUUGCUAUGGUCUAAAUGUGUUCCCAGAAUUCAUUUGUUCAGCUCUAACUACCAAUGAGAUGGUGCCAUGGUGUGGAGUCUUUCGGGUGGGGAGGGAGGAAUUAGAUUGUGAUGAUGGAGCCUUAAAGAUUGGGGUGAGUGACUUUAUAAGACACUUCAGCCCACCCACGUGUGAGGACAGUGUGUGAGGCCAGGAUGCAGGUACUGCCCACCAGUACCCAGCCUUGGACUUCCCCAGUCAUGAUAAAUAAAUCUCACUCGAUAAGGUUCCCAGCCUGUAAAAUUUUUGCCAUAGCAGCUGAGUGAACUGAAAUAGUGUCUCCUCACCACCACCUCUGCCCUGACCACAGACCUAUGGUCCCUGAGGAUGGAGGGGAAUCUUAGCUAGCCAAGCCCCCUCAGCCCACACAUGGUCUCAUGAAACAGUCCCAGGCUGUAUUAGGUCUGAAGAUCUUGGUGGAGGUUUCUAGAGGCUGUGCGUGCACCCUAGCUAGGGUGUAUGCCUACAGGCCAUUUACAGGACUACAUAGGCUCCUACCAUCCUGGAGCUCACACUCUGCAGAUCCAUCCACCUACUUGCAGCCCCCAAACUCCUACCCACAAUUUCCCAGCUCCUCCUCCAUGUUUGGCUGGAAUGGAAAGAACCCAAGCCCUGUGCCCCAGGAGCAGGUGUCUAGCCCUUUUGUGGUUCCAGUGUCUCUGGUUUAUUGUGGACCAUGGAGUCCAGCUUUCACUGCACCAAGCAAACCAUGAGUCACUUCCAGCAGAGUGUGAUCUGGAACAACAGAGUUCUCAUCAGGAUCUAUGUGUGCAAAGCCCCGCAAUCUAGUUGGCUAUCACCCUAGACUCUACUCCCACCCACAUUCCCAGGACUCCUGAAGGUGUCAGUGUGUAAACCACAGCCUGAAGGGCCCAACUUGGUCUUUAUUCACACUCAGAGGUUCCUAAAACCUGACCUGCUAAGGGUCUAAAGCCAGGUCUUUUAGCACUGACUUACCAUGGGGUUUUCAAACGAGAAAGCCUGUUGUCCCCAUAUGUUCUGGUGGAGGGUCCCUUGAAAAGCUGGGGCCUUGAGUUCUCACCUCAGCCCAUCCAGAUGUGCCCAUUGCAAGUUUCAGAGUCAAGUUCCUGUUCAAUGCCCUAAUUUUUCUCAUAAGAAUUCAGUAAGGGGCUGAGGACACAGCUCAGUAAAGUGCUUAUUUUACAAGCACAAGGACCUCAGUUCAAUUUCAGAACUGGGGUGAUAAAAUGCCAGGCCAGAGUGCCACACACCUAUAAUCUCAAUGCUGGGAAAGCCAGAGACAAAAGAACCCCUGAGGUUAACUGGACAGCCAGCCUUCCUACUGGUGUAGGCAGUGGGAAACGUCCAUGAAGGAGGAAGCUGAAGCCACACCAGAGAUGCCCAUAGCACCAGUUUAUAUAGGGAGCUAUUAUUUCUUAGGAAGUUGUUAGUGUAACUGGGGUAAAGAUAACUCAUGAAUCACAUACUGAAAUGUUCUGAGGCAUCCGUCAGACCAGCCAGCUCCCCCUCUCUGCUCAGGAGACUAGCUCCCUACUAACACUACCCAGCCCCUUGUAGGUGAAGCUUGACCACACCUGUCAUUGGGCAUACAAUUGUUUUCAUGAUAAGAUCCAUCUGUGUUAGUUAAUCAGUAUCAACUUGCCUGGAUUUGGAAUCACCUGGGGGAUAUACCUCUAGGUGUGUUUCCAAGAGUAUUUCCAAAAAGGUUCAACCAGAGAGGGCGGACCCAUCCUAGAUGUAGGCGGUGCCAUCCCAGGAGCUGGGGUGUAAGUGGAGGCAGAGUUUUCUGUCCUGACCGCCUGGUCCCAAAUAACACACAAAAGCUUACAUUAAUUACAAAAUGCUCAGCUGUUGGCUCAGGCUUA